UGGUUUUAAAUUCACCGUGCACGUUGACUCCACUCGCGCCGGGGGCGGUGAUAUAGGGUUCCAUUACAUUAAAACGAGAACACCGACUUCGGGGCACGCAGGUGUGUGAAAACAAACACACCACCGCUGAGACUCGGUGACCGUUACGACGCGCGAGAUGUCAUGGUUGUUAUGGUAGUUGCUACGCUUAGCUUAGCAUGUUUAGUCAGUAAUAAAGCGUUUUAUAUUCAUGUAAAUAAAUAGAUACAUAAAUGAAAAUGUUAGACUCAGAUGAGGAGGAAGAGGAGCAGCUGGGCGCUUACCAAAAGGAGCUGAGACAGCGGGCCAACCAGAGCAUACAGCAGCUGAGCAGUACUCUGGAGCAGCUGAGCCCCGAGGGAGAAGAGGUGGAGCAGCUCAGAGGCAGCGAUGGCAACCUCCUCCCCAUCAUGGCUGAAGAGGACAAGGCCGCAUGGAGCCAAAAGACACAGAGCGAAGCAGUUAAUCAGCUGAAGAGCCUUCUACUGAAGCAGUGCAGAGAAAUUCCCUCUGCUCCCUCUCCUUCAAAGAAACAGUCUCCAUCCAAGAGAGUACAGCAGGAAGGGAAGUCCAGUUUGCCGACUUAUCAGGAUCUGGUCCCAAUGAUUAACAAUCAGUCAGAGUACAUCCAACACCUGGAGGCUGAGGUCAAAUUCUGCAAGGAAGAGUUGCAGGGGAUGAAACAGCGGAUCAGAGUGGUGGUGGUGGAGAAUGAGAAGCUGCAUUCAGACCUUAAAUCCAAAGCUAUGGAGGAAUCUCUGAAAGAAUUCACAUUACGCAACACCACGGUGAAUGAGAGUAUGGCAGCCAACAGCCACGUAGACUCUAAUACAAGCUACAGCAGGCUUCAGAAAGCAGAACACACCGCAUGGAAAAAUGAGCUGGAACAACUUAAAGUGAUCUACCAGGCUCAGAUUGAAAGCUUGGAGGCUCAGGUCAUCUCCCUCAGGAAGGAUCUGUCAGUCAGUCAGAAGGAGUGUGAGGAGGUGAAGGUUCGUCUGAGACACAGGGAGAAACAGGCUGCGGAUGCACAGAGGGCUGAUGGAGCUCCCCGUGUGGCGGGAUUGUGUUUGAAGUGUGCACAGCACGAGGCUGUGUUGGCUGGGACUCAUACAAAUCUGCAUGUCCAGGCUAUUGACAGGCUCACAAAGGAGCGUGACGAGUUACUGGUGGCUCUGCGUGCUGUGCGGACAAGUCAGCAGGAGGCGCAGCAAAGGGAGUGGUCAGCCUGUCUCCAGGUCAAACAGGCUGUGGAGAUGGCAGAAGAAGCAAAUCUGUACAAAGCAAGGGUGGAGGUACAAUGUGAGCAGUUGUCCAGGGAGCUGGCUCGACACAGGGAACAACUAGAACGAGAAGCACAGGCCUUACAGGGGAGACUGGCUGAGGCCAGAGAGGAGGGUCGGACUGAGGCCCGCAAACAGAAAGAGGACCUGGCGCAUACAGUAUCCAGCCUCUCCCAGCGUGUUGCUGAGUUGGAGGGGCAGCUGGACAGAGCUCACCGAGACAAGAGCUCACUGACCAAUCAGCUGGAAGAUACUCUUCGAAAGCUUACCAAUGAAGAACAAGACAAUACCAAGGUGUGUGUGGAUCUGCGAUAUCAGCUCAGCCAGGCCCAACUGAAGAAAGAGGAGGCAGAGAGAGAGCUCAGAGAGCUCAGCACAAAGGCCAGCAGACAGAUGGAAAAAGCGGCACAGGAAGUGGAAAGGCUGAGCUCAGAGCUGGUUGGCUGUCGGCAGCAUCUGGAGGCGGUCCAAAAGGACGGGAGCCAAUGGCAGGCCGAAGCCCUGAGCCUAGCAGAACAGCUGGCAAAUGCCCAGCGCCAACUGCACCUCACCAGACAGGACAGAGAGAGUGCAGAACGGGCUCACGACGAGGACAUGGCAUCUGUGACACUUUCAGCCCGGGAAAGGGAGAGAGAGCUGGCGGCACUGCUGGAGCGAACAGAGGCUCAACACCAGCAGAGAGUCGCAGAGUUGGACGGUCUGCUGAGUUCCCAGAAUUCCCUGAUUGGAAAGCUGAAGGACGAGUGCGGCGCGCUGGGAGUCAAACUGGAGGAGCUGACAGAAAACAGCCGAAGUGAGAUGGAGCAGCUGGCUCUUGAGAAACAACACCUAGAGGAAACAGUGAAGAGUCUGAGAGCUCGCUGCUCCGACAUGGAGGAACAGUGUGUCCAGCACGGCCGCAUGCACCAGCGCAUGAAGGGCAGACUGCAGCAGUUGGACCGUCACUGUCAGAGCAGCGCCCAGCAGGUGUGUGAGCUGCUGGCCAAACAGAACCAGCUGAUGCAGGAGAGAAACACACUCACCGAGGAGAUGCAGAACCUACACAUGGAGCUCCCGAACACGAGACGAGUCGACGCUCUGGCCACAUGAGUUUGGAUCUGGACGUUUUCACAGAAAUCUACAAAAACACGUCAGACUGUAAUUACCCAGGAGUGUGUGCAGGGAGGCAGGUGUGCUCAUCUCUGCACAAAUAUUUCAUUAUGAGAACUGAAAAUCAGAUUUUUACAUUCGGCAAAAGGCUGUUACUGUGGUUACUGGGAUGUUUUUAAACAAACUCAGUGGUGCACUGAUGAAUUUUUUUUUUUUUUACUCAGAACAAAUAAACCGUUUGAGCCUCAAGUUGAGCCUUAACUGUGACGAAUAUUUCUGUUUUUUUAACAUUCGAACUGAGCUGAAAGUUCAAGAGCAUCACAAAGCAAACAAGUCGACACCAUCGCAGCAGAUUGACAUAGUGCUUUAUUGAAGCUGUCUGUAAGAAGGAAAAUAAUGUGCAUCCCUAUCAUAUACAUUUUAUGUGUAAAAAUACUAAGGAUGUACAGUGUAAAAAACAGCUUCAUGUUGAUGGUAAUUUGUUGUUUUCACAUCCUCGCGGCCUCACUGGCCAGCAGCACUGCAUCCUAACAGCAUGAGGGACAGAAAAAAGGCUGUUUGAUCGAUCUGCUUGAGUUUCCCGACACUUCGGCGUCUCAGACUCAACAUCAGCAGAGCUGACUUUAGUACUACAGUGCUUCGGGGAAACGUGGCCCACUCUGCGAACAGCUGGCGGCUGUCCAGAAACGUCUCACACACAACUGUAAAGCUACAGUAGAUGGACAUGGACGUGAAGUUAAAACUCAGUUACACUUUGUAAUAUUUGUACAUGUUUGCCGUUUUUUGUUUGCUGUUUAUAAAUAAAUGCAUCUCAUGCUUGUUCAUGUUAAUAAUCGUGAUGAUAGUAGACUAGUAACCAGAGAGGAAAGGGGAGGAAUUCUGUCGCAGACAUGAGGUCAAAUACUUUCAGAAAUCCUUCCAAACACUUGAGCCAUUUACUUAUUAUCUGCAUUAAACGCCAGGCCUGAGCGCAGCUUGUGAUUUUUGGCUGACGCCGUCCGUUCAUUAACCACGUGGCAAGAUCAACGCAGAGCAGCUGAGGUCUUUGACAGGAUUUUACAUAUUAUUCAAAUACUACUGGAGUGAGAUCUGUUGUGUGAUAGAUGAACAGUACAAACAGCAGCAGCAGCUUUAAGAGUGGACGCUGUCAGCGCAGCGUCCGAUAUCUCACAUACUGUCGAUUCACACCAGUCGAGGGCACCAGUAAAGCUGUAAGGAGGCUUAAACUGAACUUCAGCGUCCAGUUUGAGAGCCUCUGUUUGGUGACGACAACUCAGACAAAGUUAAAUGUUUCCCCUCGACUGACUCAGUCUCUAAGGGAAAACCCUACAUUGAUGGAGAGGAUUACUAAGCUCCACCUUCUCCACGUACAGUAAAUUGGAGGAAAACUUUCAUUUUUUUUAUGAUCUGACCUUUAAAAUCUGUUGUCGCUGCCAGUAAAUAAACUUUUAUCUGUAUUGAACGAGGAGAGUCGAAAGGCUCACUGGAGGGAAAACCUCAAAACAGAAGAGGAAAGAGUCAGUGACGUCAGCGGAGUUGCAGCGAUCGCUCGGUGGAUUUUUCCAAGUUCACAAGGACCGAUCAAUCCACCGGGCGCGAUCGACGGCCCACUCUGCGGUGGCACCACUGACUCCGUCUCUGGCAUGUGGGACACAAUCAUCCAGGUCUCGCCAACUCAACAACGCAACAUCAAAGCUAUCGGUUUGUUUGUGGAGGAGAGAUGUGCUUUAAAAAUCCUCGUUUUCUUAAAAACAUAAAAAAAGCUAAAAAUCUUCCUUUAAAGCAGGGCUGAAUCAGAUUCCUCUGAAUCAUAUAAAAAGUGAUGGGUGUGAAAAGUGCUGUGGCCAAAGCUACAAAGCGGUAUUUUAUGAACUCUGGUGUCUAAUGAUUUUGGCGGUAAGCGUGCACAUACAGCUAGAACUCCUCAGACACUCGCAGACCUGGGUCAAAUCAAAGCUGAAAUCCUUCCAAAUACUUGCGAGCGUUUGCUUGAGCCCGUCGAGGGUGCCAGCUGGGUUGGAUUCGGCUGCUUUCAGCUGUGCCAGACAAGCUCAAUCAAUCACAGAGAAGUAUUUUUCAUAAGAGUUCUGAGUGCCACUUUGACUCAGGACUGAUAGUGUGGACAGAGGAGGACUACAGCAUGCAGGCCAGCGCCAUCCUUUUAUACUUUCUGCCAUAAAGCGCCUUUGCUAGCUAAUAGCAAUUUCAAAUGGAUGUGCAAGAGUAAAGCAUGUGGACUUAAGAGCAGCGGAAAACAGGUAAUGUGUCGUAUAAGAGAUAUCUGUAAAGAAAAAAAGGAGGCAUUUAUUUUUAGACUUAAACUGCAGAGUGAAACACGACUACACCCCCUUACUGUUAAACUCCAAACAAAAACAAAACAAAGAAAAAAGAAGACAUCAAAUAAAUUAAAAUAGAAAAGAAAUUCAAGUUAUCCAUCAACGAUAAUAACAAAAACAUUUAAAUAAAUAUAUUGGAAUACAGUUCUCUAUGCCUAAUGAGAGCACAUCCCCCGGUGCUCUCUCUUAAUCCGUGUCAUCCACACAUCGAAAGUGCCGUCUUCCACAUGAUAACGUGUUUUUUUUGUUUUUGUUUUUCUUUAACAUGCAUGUUGAGAGUUCAAAUCUUUAAAAAAUAUAUUUCCUCAUACAUUUUGACUCUGAAGUGCUGGAUGUCAGAGUUUUUUUUUGUUUGUUUUUUUUUUUACUUAUUCUGAGCUAAACCAUAAGGCUUACUGGCGUUUGAAGACAAAUAUU